AUGGAAAGUGGUGUGCUCGAUAACGAUGGAAGUGAAAUCUUCCUCGGCACAAUACCACAUAAUCUCCUGAUUCCUGAACAUGAGCCGCCUAAAACUUUUGGAAUUCUAGAUAUUCGGCCCGAUAAAAUUACGGCUCCUCCAGUAUUCACAGAAGAAGAAACUCUUCAAGCAAUGCAAAACCUCGGUGUCAAGCCAGAGGACUUGGUUCCUCAUGAAGUUCCCGAAUCUCAAGCAAAUAACGCAAUUAUUGCGAUGCAAAUUCAAAUAGAACUCGAGAAAAAACGAUUAGCAACCAUUGAACGUGUUAUUACAGAACGACAGUUAUUAUUAAAUCGAUCUAAAAAGGAUAUUGAAAUAAAUUUACCGAAAAGCAGAAAAUCUACAAGAAAAAAAUCGAAAAAGCGGAAAGUACGAGCACCAAAAGCCUCUCAAGGAUCAGAUGAUAAGCCUAAAUCAAAAAUUCCACAACCAAAGAAAAGAAAGAAAUUUGUAUCGAAAACUAAGUCAGAGAUAACUAAUCUCGAUACCAACAGACGGAUUAAGGACCCUGCUCUUAUCGAGCGCAGACAUAAGAACGCAGCUCUCGCUAAAGCUCGAAAUGAAGAGUCAAAAGUCAAUUCAGCUUUAAACGCACUGAAAAAGGUAGAAGCAGCUGAAAGGAACAAGAACUUAUUACGAGAACAGCAGCAGGCUUUGUUGAAAGAGCGUGCUGCCAAGAGAUUAGAGAGAAUCAAAGCAAAAGAACUUAGACAAGAAGAAAAAUUCGAAAAUAGAAAGGCUCAAGCGCGAAAAGAGAUGCAACGUGAAGAAAGAACAUAUGAUAAGAUCAGAAGGAAGGAAAUGAAGAAGUUUGAAGAAGAACAAAAAUGGAGAAUGGCAAAAAUUUACGGAAACCCACCAAACAUCAAGGAAUCGAAGAGUAACUUCCAAGAACUUCGAAAGAAACUGCUUGGAAUCAAAUCGACUCGUCCUUCUUCGCCUCCUCAAGAAAAAUCUACGGAUUCUUCCUUAAUCAGCUCUAAGAACAAUAGUCCUGUAAAUAAUAAUGCCAAACCAAAGAAUAAGGGUGUUAAUAAGUCUUCGAAGCAAAAAGAGUCGAAAUUAUCAAUUUUGCCGAAUUUGGCAAAAUUACCACAAGUUAAAAGCCGCCCAUCGCCUGACAAUACUCCCAAGAAAGCUUCUGGAAGUAAUAUGUCGAGAGCGAGCAAUGGAUCGAAUAAUAGCGAUACAUCUGUCUCUGAAUUUCUUCUGCCAGUCAAGAAAGUGCGGCCAAUUGUUCCUGCACGUGGUUCUCACAUACCAUACUUUAGGCCAAAGAAAUAA